AGCUCCCAUAAGCUUCCCUCCUCUUUACCCGGGUGACUAUCAGCGGACUCCCGCCUCCCGGAUCUAUCUAAGAGAGAAUCUCAAGGUAACGGGUGGCGGUACACGCGAAACGUAAAUCUCUCUCUCUCUCUUUCUCCGUUUUUUUUCCGCGUGGUGGUCGUAUCGCGACGCGGCCGCGAUUACGCGAACGUAAAGCGAUGUAACGCGAUAACAGUCAGAUAAAAGACACUCGCGAGUCUUCCCGAUGGCGAAGUGACGACCGUCGAGAAAUUGUCAGUCGCGCGACGAUCGUUAAUCGCCGCGAAUCGGGUGAUCUACGGGUCUGAUAAAGAGGAACAUUGUCAUCGGUCUGCGCGAUCGCCCCCACAUCCGCGAAGAUACACCUGCGAGAGACUCUCACGCAACCCGGUAGGAAUCACGCAGGCAGGGCAGACGUCCGUCAAAUUAAGGAUAAGAAGAUCCAACCCAAUUUAUCAUCUACGCCGAAGACAUGGCGAACGAUGAAUCAAGCAAGAUCAGGCCGAUUUUUAAAAGUAUAGGCCGCAGAAACGUCGUUCCUAUAAUUCACGUUCGAGGAACACACUAUGAGAUUGGCUUCGAUAUCGGACGUACUUUCGCCAAAAUGAUUCAGGAUUUCGUAGAUAUCUACCAACCACUAAAUGAAACCUAUCUACCAUUGUUUGCUACUGAAGAUGGCAAGAAUGUUUAUGAAGAAACCCUUAAUGCGGUGAAAAAACAGUUUCCGCAAUACGUGAGGGAAAUUGAAGGAACGGCAGACGGUGCAAAUGUGCCAUUCUAUAAGCUGUUUCUAAUGCAUCUGGAUGACAUUAUUCCGAACGUCGUAGAUGGAAUUCAAGAAAACUUGCUUCCAGUCGGCUGUUCGACUAUCAUAUGUAAUCAACCAGGACAUGAGAUUCUGGGUCACAACGAGGACGCCGUCAAAGAGACCUUGAAUCACUGGUACCUGGUGAGCGCUCAUGUGAUCGAGGUCGGCUACCGAGAGGAAAAAUUCACGUCGUUGAGCUAUGCUGGUUUUCUGCCGGGCUACACAAUGGGCUACAACCAUCACGGUCUCGUUUACAGCAUCAAUACCCUUAGCGCCGCUGUUCUGCGAUCUGGCAAGACUCCGCGAUAUUUCUUGACGCGGGCGCUUCUGGGCGUGGAGAACUUUGUGCAGGCGCAGCAGACGCUGAGGAACGAGGGCUGCGGGGCGGCGGAGGGCUUCUCGGUGAACAUGACGUUCCUCGCGCAGGAGGGCGAUCGGAUGUUUCACAACGCCGAGGUAGGCCCUGCUAAGGAAGGUACCACCAGGUCGCAGCUCAACAUUCUGACCGUCAGCCCCGGCGAAAACACGUCGCACUGCAACAAGUAUUUGCGUCUGAAGGUGGCAGAGGUGAAAGGCAAUAUCAUACAAAGUAGCAUUAAGAGGAUGAAAGCGAUCUCCAAGCAUCCACCGGCUGAAUGUCGUCAGGAUGUAAUCAAUAUACUCAGCGAUCAGACGGACGAUGAGUUCAGAGUAUAUCAAGAAAUUCGUAGCGAUGAUCACGUCAAGACAAUUGCCACCGGUAUCUUCGACUGCAUCGAACGAACAUGGUCUAUUUACACGGAUAAGCCGCAAUGCAACGAACCGAUAUUGGUAAUACCUAUGCAGCUUCGAGACUCCGUGGCUUCGCGAUGCAAUUUGAAAAAAUAAUGUCCGUUGCUUCUCAUCUCGAAAAUAUAAUUAAUGUAUUAAGCUGGUGCCAAAUUAUGCGCGUAUUCUUCAUUUGUGAUUUGUAAUUACAUAUAGAAAAUAUCGUUACUCGUUAAAUUUGAAUUAUAAAA